CUGGGUGGUCUGCUUGGUCGCCCAAGUAGUCGCCUUAAGUGGUCGCCUUAGUGGUCGCCUUAGUGGUCGCCCUGGGCGAUUUGCCGUUUGCCCUAUCACUUGUAGCAGGCCCACGCAGCCGUUCGCGUCGCCCCUCUUCGUUAGCAGACCCAAGCCUCUUCGUUAGCAGACUCAAACCUCUUCGUUAGCCAAUAGAUUCUUUCCAGCAAAGCAAUAUAGUAUCCCAGACGCCAUCGAUUACCUCCUUGCUACCGCCGCAGCCAAUUAUGUCGCACCAGCAAGGCACGCCGCGCGCCUUGGCCACGCUUGCCGUUCCGGCCGCACCCCGCACAGCCGUUGGACGGCUUGGAGUGCCUUUUAGGCGUCCAGAAACCGACCGCCGUAGCUGCGCCAAGCAUCACGCGCACCAGCGAGGCGCAUCGUGCAGCGAGCAUCGCGGCUGGUCCUGCUGAUGCCAAUGCCCGCAGGUCUCCCACGAUUCACUUUCCGCCUUGACGCCGCUUGCGAGCCACCUUCCGCCAUCCCCCCAUGCACCUUCCCUUCAGCCCUCCCUUCACGCGAUGCAUUCCCCCCGCGCUCACUACAUAAGCGGCAGCGUUGGAUCAGUGGGGCAUUCAGCCCAGCGAGCCAGCUUGAGGGGAAAGCUCUCCCUCCCAUUGCCGUCGAGUGCCCCACCUGCCAGCUGCGCCAUCCACGGGCGCACGCUGCUCACGCUGCUCCGCGCUCGCUGCGACUUCUCUCUCCCUGCUUCCCGCCGUCCGCACAACGCUCCUCUCGCCAGCCAUGGCGAGCCAGCCCUCUUCCCUCGCGCUGCUGCUGCUCGCCCUCAUCCUCUCCGCCACUGCUGCGACCGCGUACCGCCUUCCAGUGGCCGCAACUCCCGGCCCAGCCGGCGGUGCUCCAAGCCCGAGUCCCUCUGGCGUCGCCGCCACCACCGUCACCAUCAACUCCGACGGCAGCCUGUCGUUCGGCCCGGGAGUCGUCCGGUACAAUUUCCUGCGAAAUGGCACAGUGGUUGACUCAACCGGCGCUACAGUCAAGCCCACUGCCAACGCUGAUGGCUCCUUCACUGUUGGCGGCGUCUACACCAGCUAUCCUAACGGCACGCUCACUGGCCCUGGCAUUACCAUCAACACUGGCCAUAAUCCCGGGGUUACCAUGGGCUCGACGACGCUUUUGUUGAAGGGGGGGAAGAUCCUGGAUGCUGCGGGCCAGCCGAUUCCGCCGACUGUGAAUGACGACGGGUCGGUCACCGCAGGGGACAUGACCGGGUGGAGCAACGGCACCAUCAAGGGCGCCAACGGCGCCGUGCUGAACACAGGCUUGACGCUCAAACUCAACCCGGACGGAACAGUGGGUGUGGUCUUCACUCUCGCCCUCUACUUGGACGGCUCCAUCAGCAUCUCCGCCCGCGCCACUCCCGCUCCCAUUCCCACUCCUACCACCAACCCCGGCCUGGGCGGCAGCCCCAGCCCCCCUGCUCCCAGCGCCAGCAGCACCGUUCUCACCAUCAACGCCGACGGCAGCCUGUCGUUCGGCCCGGGCGUCGCGCAGUACACUCUCCAGCGGAACGGCACAGUGGUUGACUCUACUGGCGCUCCAGUCACUCCCACUGCCAACCCUGAUGGUUCCUACACUGUUGACGGCGUUUACACCGGCUAUCCUAACGGCACACUCGCUGGUCCCGGCAUUGCAAUCCACACUGGCGACAACCCCGGGUUUACCAUCGGAACGACAACCCUUUUGUUGAAGGGGGGAAAGAUCCUGGAUAAGGCGGGGCAGCCGAUUGAGCCUACUGUGAAUGAGGACGGGUCGGUCACUGCAGGGGACAUGACUGGGUGGAGCAACGGCACGAUUGUGGGGUCCAACGGCGCAGUGCUGAACACGGGCAUGCAGCUCACCAUGAACUCCAAGGGGGUCAUCGGCGUCAUUGUCUCCCUCGGUGGAAACUCCGAUGGCUCCAUCAGAAUCGCCUCCCCUCAGGCCACUCCGUCCUCCCCUACUCCCACUCCUGGGUCUCCCACUCCAUCUACUCCCUCUCCCACCCCCUCCGGCCCCAAAGGCGCCACCACCCUCACAUUCAACCCCGACGGCAGCCUGACUUUUGACCAGUACACUCUGAAGCCGGACGGCUCGGUUGUGGACUCCACUGGGGCAGCGGUCCCUGUCACUACCAACUCUGACGGGUCACACACCGUUGCCGGCCUUUACACCGCCUACACCAACGGCACGCUCACUGCUCCUGGCAUUACCAUCACCACUGGUGCCUCUGGCAAAUCUAUUACCAUUGGGAAAACGACGCUUCUGGCGGACGGGACGAUCCUGGACGCUGCCACGGGAACGCCGAUUCAGCCGAAAGUCAACGCGGCGGACAAGUCGGUCACUGCAGGCGACUUGACUGGGUGGGAGAAUGGCACCAUCGUGGGGUCCAACGGCGCGGUGGUGCACAGCGGCCUCCGGCUCACUCUCAACGCUGAUGGCACCAUCUCUGCUGCCCCUGCCUCUCCCAGCCCCUCUCCUCCCUCUCCUCCCUCCUCCACUGCCCCACCGCCACCCAGGCCUGCUGGAUCACUUGCCUCCCCGGCCACUGCCCUCACUGCUGUCAUCACUGUGGCCCUCGGCCUGCUGCUCAUAUAGAACAGAGGGGGUUCUUUAGACGCCUCAACACUAGGUUCAACGCCAGGGGAUGGCCAGGGCAGUGUAAAACAGUGGACUUUGUUGAAAUGAGAAGUGGAAAUCUGUGGGAAGACCCACCGAGUAGUUUGUUUUUGCACAGUAGAGCAGGGAUGUGCUACGAAAGAAAUUGAUUUCCGUAGU